CCCCCUAAUCCACUCUGAGUACAGUCUGGAACACCAGCAGUGCAACCCCGGAGAGAGAGGGAGAGAGAGGAGCAGGGACCAGACAGGCAGACCCACCGAUCACACUCACAGAAUAACUAGGACUGUAUCGACUGCAGGCUGGAAGAUUCGUCUGCUCACAAGGAGUUUCUACUGCCCUGCAUGGACUACUCGACCCAACAGGAUCCACAACCCUCCUUCUGAGAAGCUGAUCUGCAGUGAGACAGGGAGAGUGUGUGUGCGUGAAAGAGAGAGGGGAGAGUGUGUGUGUGUGUGUGCGUGAAAGAGAGACAGGAGUGUGUGUGUGCGUGAAAGAGAGAGGGGAGAGUGUGUGUGCGUGAAAGAGAGAGGGGCGUGUGUGCGUGAAAGAGGGGAGUGUGUGUGUGUCUGUGUGUGUGUGAAAGAGUGAAGGGAGUGAGACUGAGUGUGUGUGUGUGUGAAAGAGAGACAGAGGAGUGGGACAGUGAGUGUGUGUGUGUGAAAGAGAGACAGAGGAGUGGGACAGUGAGUGUGUGUGUCGGGAGAUACAGAGCGGUUUAUACUGUGCACACAUAGUGAUCACUGAGUGAGUUAGAGAAUCAGUAGAAUGCGUCAGUGAUCAGUGUCUCAGUGUAUUAGUGUCUCAGUGUCUGAGUGCCUCGGUGUCUCAGUGUCUCAGUGUCUCAGUGUCUGAGUGUGUCAGUGUCUCAGUGUAUUAGUGUCUCAGUGUCUGAGUGCCUCGGUGUCUCAGUGUAUUAGUGUCUCAGUGUCUGAGUGCCUCGGUGUCUCAGUGUCUGAGUGCCUCGGUGUCUCAGUGUCUGAGUGUCUCGGUGUCUCAGUGUCUGAGUGCCUCGGUGUCUCAGUGUCUGAGUGCCUCGGUGUCUCAGUGUCUCAGUGCCUCGGUGUCUCAGUGUAUUAGUGCCUCAGUGUCUCAGUGUAUUAGUGUCUCAGUGUCUGAGUGCCUCUGUGUCUCAGUGUAUUAGUGUCUCAGUGUCUGAGUGUCUCAGUGUCUGAGUGUGUCAGUGUCUCAGUGUCUCAGUGUAUUAGUGUCUGAGUGUGUCAGUGUCUCAGUGUAUUAGUGUCUGAGUGUAUUAGUGUCUGAGUGCCUCGGUGUCUCAGUGUAUUAGUGCGUGCUGCGGUGUGCUAGCGUGUGUUGGCGUGUCUCAGGCGUGUCAGAGCGCGUGUGUGUUGGUCAUGGCUUCGAUGGUAAAGUCUGUCCUCGGGGCUCCGAUCAACCUGUUCUCGUCGUGCCUGUCUCUGGACGGGAAGGAGAGGGAGCAGCACAGCGCCCCCCGCAGGCAGACAGGCAGGACCGCGGAGGAGCAGCGCAGAUACCAGGAGGAGCUGGAGGAGGAGAAGAGGAAGCGAGCUGCUCACUGCGAGAAGAAGAACAGAGAGCGAGCCGCCAUGAGAACGCACUUCCGUCACAAAUACCAGCUCGCGCAGAAUGCCAAGGAUGACAACCACCUGAAUGCAGUGGGGGGGAAGGUGGUGCUCCCCCGUGAGCUGGCUGCAGUGGUACGCUCUGAGGUGCCCCCAGCCCAGGAGCGGGGGUUCAGUCUGUUUGGUUCGUUCCAGGAGCUGGACUUCAGAGCGCUGAGAGAGUCGACACAGAACAGCUCACAGCAGUGCAGUGUCAUGUAGAGACCAUGUGAUACACACACACACACACACACACUCACAGCAGUGUAGAGACCCUGUGAUACACACACACACUCACACAGCAGUGUAGAGACCCUGUGAUACACACACACUCUCACAGCAGUGUAGAGACCCUGUGAUACACACACACACACUCACAGCAGUGUAGAGACCCUGUGAUACACACACACACACUCACAGCAGUGUAGAGACCCUGUGAUACACACACACACACUCUCACAGCAGUGUAGAGACCCUGUGAUACACACACACACUCUCACAGCAGUGUAGAGACCCUGUGAUACACACACACACACUCACAGCAGUGUAGAGACCCUGUGAUACACACACACACACUCACAGCAGUGUAGAGACCCUGUGAUACACACACACACACUCACAGCAGUGUAGAGACCCUGUGAUACACACACACACUCUCACAGCAGUGUAGAGACCCUGUGAUACACACACACACACUCACAGCAGUGUAGAGACCCUGUGAUACACACACACACACUCACAGCAGUGUAGAGACCCUGUGAUACACACACACACUCACAGCAGUGUAGAGACCCUGUGAUACACACACACACACUCUCAGCAGUGUAGAGACCCUGUGAUACACACACACACACUCACAGCAGUGUAGAGACCCUGUGAUACACACACACACACUCACAGCAGUGUAGAGACCCUGUGAUACACACACACACACUCACAGCAGUGUAGAGACCCUGUGAUACACACACACACUCUCACAGCAGUGUAGAGACCCUGUGAUACACACACACACACACACACACACUCACAGCAGUGUAGAGACCCUGUGAUACACACACACACACUCACAGCAGUGUAGAGACCCUGUGAUACACACACACACACUCACAGCAGUGUAGAGACCCUGUGAUACACACACACACACUCUCACAGCAGUGUAGAGACCCUGUGAUACACACACACACACACACACACACACACACACACACACACUCACAGCAGUGUAGAGACCCUGUGAUACACACACACACACUCACAGCAGUGUAGAGACCCUGUGAUACACACACACACUCUCACAGCAGUGUAGAGACCCUGUGAUACACACACACACUCACACAGCAGUGUAGAGACCCUGUGAUACACACACACACUCACAGCAGUGUAGAGACCCUGUGAUACACACACACACUCUCACAGCAGUGUAGAGACCCUGUGAUACACACACACACUCACACAGCAGUGUAGAGACCCUGUGAUACACACACACACUCUCACAGCAGUGUAGAGACCCUGUGAUACACACACACACACUCACAGCAGUGUAGAGACCCUGUGAUACACACACACACUCUCACAGCAGUGUAGAGACCCUGUGAUACACACACACACACUCACAGCAGUGUAGAGACCCUGUGAUACACACACACACACUCACAGCAGUGUAGAGACCCUGUGAUACACACACACUCACACACACACACACUCUCCAUGUUUGUAAUUGUUGAUACAGAUCUGGAUUUGCAGCACUGUAAUGAAUAACAUGAGUAAAUUUGUAACGAAAUAAAAGAGUGGAAUUCAA